GUACUCGAUGUCCUUGUGUGUGUAGGCUGUGUUACUGUGACCGCACAGACACACAAUGCAUGACGCAUUGUUGGCGGAAGAGGAGCAGGUCAGGUUCAGACGUGUCCGCCGCUUCGCUAUCAACAAUGCAGGCGCUUUAAACUUCGCGCCAGCGCUAAUCUGAAAGUGUUUUCGCAUUAAUAAUCAUCUCUCCUCAGCGCCUGACGGACAUGCCGCGCUGACGAGCCACUGUCGGUUUCGAUAGCGGACACAGAGCAUGAGAAGCGAGCUGCCCCGGGACUCAGACAUGGAGGGACCUGAGGUACAUCCAGACACCACCAAAAACACGGAGAGCUGCUUUGACAGGACGUGCUCGGCUCUGACCGUGGACGACGUGUACGAGAUAGCCAAACUGAUCGGCACCGAGGUGGAGAAACUGAUCGACGGCUAUGGCAAAGAGAGCGUCGUGGGGCUGGUGCCGAAAAUAGUGAAAGUGCUGGAGCUGCUGGAGAGCUUCGCGUCGAGGAACCAUGCUCACAAACUGAAGGAAGAAGAGCUGCUGAAGACUUUCGAGGCGAUACAGCUGCAACAGCAGAAGAAACGUGGUGGGAAAGAAAGCGAGGAGGGCAACGAUAAAACUGAGCUGCGGGAGCUGCAGCAGAAAGAGCAGCAGUGGAGCAGAAGGUGUGAGGAGCUGCAGAUCCAGGUACAGCAGCUCCAGGAAGACAGGGUGGAGCUGCAGAGCAGACUGAAGGGCAACCAUGCACAGGAAGACCGUGUCCAGCGGCAAGAGCGCGAGGUGAUGCUGAAGCUCAAGCAGGUGGUGGACAAGCAGAGAGAUGAGCUGAGGGCCAAGGGCCAGGAGAUAACUGCAAUCUCCAAAGAGGUGGAGGCGCUCCAGGAGCAGCUGGACCGCUUCAUGAAGAUGAACGCAGAGCUGCGACACAAGCAGAAUGUGCUGCAGGCUCAGCUGAAGAGCGCCGUGGAGAGGAAGGCCGACAUGGAGGCCGAUCUGAAGGAGAAAAGCAAAGAGAUAGAAAACCUCCAAGCACAGCUGGACAGAACCAACAGCAACAGCCCCUCCACUCCAAAUCCAGCUGCUUCUGAGUCAGCAAAAAAAUCAACAACUGAUCAUAAGGAUCCCGAUCAGCCGUGCUUCACCAAGAAGGAGGUGCGCGACAUCCUUUUCGAGAGGAAUGAGCUCAAAACCAACUUGUUCCUGGUACAGGAGGAGCUCAGCUACUAUCAGAGGGAGAUUCUGAAUGAGGAGAGGUGUCCAGGUUUCCUCUUAGAAGCCGUCCGCUCAGCCAUCAAAAAAAAGAGAAAGCUCAUUAAAGCCAAGAUGCUUGGAAUUUCUGUGAACGACUGCAGCAGCAGUGACGACGAGGAGAGGAGUUCUCUGUUUGAGCGGACAGAAGUAGAUGGGACACAAGUAGACGGCACUGACAAACCGUCUGAGUCACGCAUUCAGAACCUCUUUGGCUUCCUGACUCGCGCUGGCAACGGCCGGAGCUCUACCCACCUGAGCAAUUCUGCCUCCAGCUGGGAGAUCAUCGGAGACUCGGAGGCCAGUGAUGAGACGGAGCGUCGACCGUCUUCCUGAGCCCGAUACUGACCCGAGACUCUCCGAACUUGUCUUCGUGUGAUCUGACAAAGACACCCUCCUCUCCUCUGUCACAACAAAAUCUGGUUGUAGCUCAGUAAAAAAAAAGGUUAUGGGGGGUUAU